AUGCUGUUUAAUGUUCGGUCCCUGUUCAAUGUUGGGAAUGCAAGCAAGAUCAGCAAGCAUCUGGUGCAAUGUAUUCGGUAAGUGUUUAAAUGCCACACAACAACAGAGCUGGUGGAACAUCCUGGGCUGUCUACUCCAGUUUUUAGCAACUACAAGACUGCUGAUAUAGGCAAAUCAUAAUCUGUCUCUGUUGCUUAGCAGCAUUCAUUCAUAAACCAAGAAACUGAAGCAAAGAAAUUAUAUAGGAAAAUUGAUAUGUCAGAGCAAUUACCAUCACUGUUUUUUGUUUGCAGAUGUUGUCUGACAAUUUCAUAUACUUGAAAUAAAUUUGCAUGCUUAUUUCAAACCCAAUAGAAUUGUAUUCUAUUAUUUAUCAAUCGCUCCGACUCUCUCUGGAAUAGCUGUGAUCAUGUGAAGGCCUCUUUUCGGUAGGAUGGGAGUGAGUACCCUUAGAAAUAUCUUUUGCACAUCCUGCUGAGUGGGGCUCUGGACUUCUGUUUCAAAGUCCUGCCCUGAUGGCACCAUAACUUUAUAAAGAAUAAACUGGAAUCAUUCAUUAUUUUGUUAAAUGUCUUUUGUUAAAUACUGACAGAAUACUUGUUUGCAGCAGCAAAAAUGUUAACUAGGAAGGCUCCUGAUAUGACCACAGUAUCUGAAUGGCCUUGUUCAAAUCCCUAGCUAUUGCAGAUAUGGAAAAAACAAUGGAUACUGUGUGACUACUGGGGGUGUGGAUGUGGGUGUAUGAAAGGAAUGUUGUGAGCAUACUGAUCUUUUUUUAUUAUUGGAAUGUGCGUUGUAGAACACCGGGAAAUUAUUAUUAUUAUUUUGGUAAUUUUAAUGGAAGUAUAUAAAUGAAGGGAACAAUAAUUUUCAAAUGACUUACAGUCCCAUUAUUAAUAUAUAAACACAACACCAUUUGUUCUGAUACGGUGAGUGGGGGUGUAGGGAUAGUGAUGGGAAUAAUAAUAAUAAUAAUAAUAAUAAUAAUAUAUUAUUUAUUAUUUAUUCCCCGCCCAUCUGGCUGAGUUUCCCCAGCCACUCAUGGCAAAGGUAGUGACAGUGCCACAUAGUGCAAACAGAGGCAGAAUCUCCCCCUACCCCAUGCAUACAUCAGCAAUGGUUUCCCUAAGUGUAAUUCUUCACACAUUUCUAUAGUAGCAAUAUGCAUAUAUAUAAUACUGAAGAACAACAAAUGCUUUUAUUUUUCUUGAUUAUUUACUCAACUGUUCACUUGUAUCCUGGUAUCAUGCAUUUGUAGAGCAUUGCGCCUUUGAGCCAAUAACCUGGGACCACAACCUAACAGUGGUUAUUUCAGAAUACAAAAUUCUGAAUUAUGAGGUAGUUGAACUUCUUUUGUCAUUUCCCUUGGAGAUACAGGCAUGGGCCACAACCUACUAAAACUCCCACCCAGUUGAAAGGCCGGGACCUUCUGACACUGCAAAAUUAUUCAGCUGAAGACAUCAAAUAUUUGUUGUGGGUGGCAGCAGAUCUGAAGGAAAGAAUCAAAUGUAAAGGAGAGGUAUGUAACAUUUGCAGUAUGAAUUCUCUUACCCUCAUGUCUUUUUAGUUGUACACAUGACCUUAGCCACAAUCCAUAGCUAUCAUGUAUCUGCCGUCUUGUUUCUUUUACGUGUUUUCCCUGAAUUCAGCUUCAAUCCAGAUUUUAAAAAAGAACCACCUACCUGUGUUUUAAAACACAAAUGUGGGUGCUGCCUAGUUUGGGAUUUGAAUCCUUGCUGGUGGGAAGGAGAGGACAAGAAAAGUCAGGGGUCAGCAAACUUUUUCAGCAUGGGGCCGGUCCACUGUCCCUCAGACUUUGUGGGGGGCCGGACUAUGGUGUGUGUGGUUUUUUUGGGGGGGUGAACGUAGUCCUAUGCCCCACAAAUAACCCAGAGAUGCAUUUUAAAUAAAAGCACACAUUCUACUCAUGUAAAAACACGCUGAUUCCUGGACUGUCUGCGGGCCAGAUAUAGAAGGCAAUUGGGCAGGAUCAGGCCCCCGGGCGUUAGUUUGCUUACCCAUGGGAAAAGUAGACCAUGUGAUCUUCAAAGUGAAAUGAAGAUUCCUACCCUCCACCCGCAAGGUUUAGAAGGGUUGUGUUUGAGAAAUUGCUUGGGCUUUCAAUGUUAAAAAUAAAGAAAAAGAAAGCUUACCAUAUUCUAGAAAUAUAAAUCUAACCAGAACUGAAAUGUAUGAUGACGAAAAAAAUCUUUGGCAUAUUCUCCUACCUCACAAUUAUCUGGGGCAGGGGAAUCACAUUUAUAUCCUCUCUCUCUCUCUCUCUCUCUCACACACACACACACACACACACACACACACACACACACACACCCCAGCAUUCCCAGUUGGGGGAGGGACAAUUGAGUCUGUGUCAUAUGUGUGUGUGUGUGUGUGUGUGAGAGAGAGAGAGAGAGAGAGAGAGAGAAUGCACACAUGCAGUUUACAUGCCAGGUCAGCUCUCAGCAUAUUGGCGGGGACAGGGUGUGGAAUUCUACAUGCAGAGCAGCACUAGAGGGAGUAAAGAAACUAGUAACUAGGUCACCUCCAAGGCACAGAAGCCCUGAAUGUGACAAAUUGACAGGAUAAUUGCCUUAGACUGAAACAAGUAUUAAGAUUUCAUUUUUCUAAUGGAGCCCUUAAAGUAAGAUACAAAAGUGAAAUAUUAAAUACUUUCAAAAUUCAAACCUGCAUUCUUAGGUUUUAUCAGAUUUUGAAUAGUUACACUUUUUUUUAUUUCAACUUGGCAAGAACUUCUAGGAUUUGGCCAGCUCCUCCAACUGUGUUGUAAUUAAGCCACUCUAAGCCACAUUAGGGACGCAGGUGGCGCUGUGGGUUAAACCACAGAGCCUAGGUCAGCGGUUCGAAUCCCUGCGACGGGGUGAGCUCCCAUUGCUUGAUCCCAGCUCCUGCCCACCUAGCAGUUCGAAAGCACAUCAAAGUGCAAGUAGAUAAAUAGGUACCGCUCCGGUGGGAAGGUAAACGGCAUUUCCGUGCACUGCUCUGGUUCGCCAGAAGCGGCUUAGUCAUGCUGGCCACAUGACCCAGAAGCUGUACGCCGGCCAAUAAAGCAAGAUGAGCGCCGCAACCCCAGAGUCGGUCACGACUGGACCUAAUUGUCAGGGGUCCCUUUACCUUUACCUUUAAGCCACAUUAACCAUUAGGAAGAAGCCGUUCCCAGGACCUAAAGUGUAACUCUAUUCAGAAGCCCUACUGAAUUAAACUGGACUUACUCUCAGGCAAAUAGGGUUAGGACUGUAGACAAAGCAAACAACUGAGAUGGAGCCUAAUUCUGUCCUGUAUAUACUAAAAGGACCUCACACCCUGCAAGUGGUAGUGUUCGAAAUUACUUUCAAGUGUAAAGCAGAAAGUUCAAAAAUAUUUCUUGUUCUUACCAGUGUGUCACAAGUUCUUUUCCUUCCUGUUUUUCAGUAUUUGCCUUUGCUGCAAGGAAAAUCAUUAGCUAUGAUUUUUGAGAAAAGAAGUACAAGGACUAGAUUAUCUACAGAGACAGGUGAAAACAAGCCAAGAAUUUGACAGUAAAUACAGCCUUCUGUAUUAACUGUAUAUUAUUUACCUGCAUAUGAUGAAACAACAUUAUUCAAAGUAAGAAGACAAAACAAAAGAAAAAUGAAAUUGAAGUUUGGAAAUUCCUUAAAAGUUGUUACUUAGCCAUUAGUAGUUCAGCUAUCUAGUUGACCAUUAAAAUCAAGUCAAAAUGGAAUUUAUAACAGAACGUAAUGGGCACAACACAACCAGCAUUAUGCCAACAAGACUUAACAUUGCAUAAUUGCCAGGAACUGUUUGGGUAUGCACAGUGCUUUUUUUUUCUUUCUAAAAAAAUGUUUAGGGGGUACUCUCAUUUUGACUCAAGAAAAUCACCAUUUUAUAGUUCAAAACGGGAAAUAUCAAUAUAGUAAAUGGACAAAAGUACAAAGAUUCACAAAAUGUUUAGGGGUAUGCGUACCCCUGUGUACCCCCAGAAAAAAAGCACUGGGUACACAGAAUGUUAUCUCUUUGGGGGCUUUAAUAAACAUUUCAUUCUGCAAAACAUUCAGCUUAGGACAGACAUGUCCAAAGUCCAGAGGGCCACUUGCAGCCCCUGGCUGCUUUCAAACAGCCCGCCAGGCAAUUUUGAAAAAACAAUCUCUUGCGGCCCCCGAACACCUGGCCACCAAAGGCAUUUCCUUUUUGCGGGCUCGUCACGAGCUCUCCCCUCUGUGCAGGGGGCAUGGGAAGCCCCCGUGCCAUUAGGGAGUCCCCGGCUGAAUCAUUCCUUGGGUCGACCCAAAACAGGUCCAGGAGCGGCGGCGAGAGGGGAAAAAGUGCGUCCUAUAGAGUGAAAAAUACGGUAUUUAAUUGAGAAGGGGAUUGUAACUAAAACACUGGGGCCUAAUUUGAAUAGCAGAGAGCCUGGUAUCUGGUGGACAGUCCAAAGCACUCGUCAGGAGAACUAUGAGAUUCAGGUGAGGAACAGAUGCCUUGUCAAUCCCGGCAGGUAUAUAACAGGAAGACCUGGCCUGCCCACGCAGGCCGCCAGUCUCCUAAAGAGGAGAAACCUAGUAUGGAAGACCUGUGUACAGUGGUACCUCGGGUUACAGAUGCUUCAGGUUACAGACUCCACUAACCCAGAAAUAGUACCUAGGGUUAAGAACAGAAAUCACGCGGCGGCUGCGUGGCGGCAGUGGGAGGCCUCAUUAGCUAAAGUGGUACCUCAGUUAAGAACAGUUUCAGGUUAACAACAGACCUCCAGAACGAACUAAGUUCUUAACCCGAGAUACCACUGUAUAGUACGCAGAUCUGAAAGAGCCACAAAGGGUAAACCAUCCAAAAGGUAUGCUGAAGAGUUUGCUAAAACAGUCAAAGCAGAUACAGCUGCUGUUAGUAACUCAGAGAAGGUUUGGGAACCUUCAAGCUUCCAAGAGGUCCAAAGUUUAACCUCAGAGGAUGCUGAGCCAUGGUUAAAUGCCAUGAAGGCUGAACUUCUGUCUCCUCAACACCUAAGUGUAAAUGUAAGUUAAACCCAACAAUUUCUGUGGGGAGCAAUGUUCACUUCAUCAUAUCUGGCCCUCUUUGAAAAAAGUUUGGACACCACUGGCUUAGGACAAUGGUUGUGGUGCCAUCUGCUGGUAAGGAUUCAAACUUUCCUAGUAUACGACCCCAAGACAGGUUUAAAAGCUGGCAAGAUUAUACUUUUGUACCUUUCUUAUGACUAAAAAUAAUGCUUCAUCCCAGAAAAUAUUAUGAGCAUGUUCCCAGAAGAUACAUUGACAGUUGUGUGGUGUUGUAAGAUUUUUACAAUAUAAUUUUGGGUUUUUUGGUUUUCAAAAUAUAUCUGCUUUUUGUGUUUUUAACUGUUUUUGAUGUUUUGAUUGUACACUGCCUUGAGAUGCUUGUGUAGAAGACGAUCAGUAAAAAAUAAUAACAGGUUUGGUUAUUACAAACAGCAUCAAUAGAGAAAAGAUUGUGCAUAUCUCUGUGAGAUCUUCAACACAUGUAACUUGUACAUUGUUCUGGCAUGUACAGAGGUUAUAGAAAGAGGCAGUCCUUGACCACAAGUUUACAGUCUCUAUAAGAUCCGACACAAAAGGAAAAACAGAGGAAGCAGAGGGAGGAAAACAAACUUGGGUACUAAUUCUUAGUUACAUAAUUGCUUUUGUUACGACCACCUUGAUUGGAAACAGUGGAGGAAGCAAAUCGUAGCUAGUCUUUUAGCCAGGCUAGUGGAGCAGGCCCUGCUAAAAGCUGAUAGUUCAGAGCUAAGAUUAUCUAAAUGCAUCCAUGAUAAGAACAUGGCAUUCAGGUCUUUGACAACAUGAUAACAUUUUAAAAGACUCACAAAAAUUAUAUAAACUUCUCUUUUAAAAAUAAAAACUUGAAAUAUUCUUUGGUACUAAUGAAAUUCUGAAUGCCAUUUUCUCCUGUAUUUGGUUCACACAUAGAUUUGCCAUUGGGAUAGGGGAGGGCUCUUGCAGCUUUAUGACCGUGGGAAAAGACAUAAAGUCAAAUUAUCCCCAUGUCUGCAGUUCUAAGGGAGAAGACAUGUAGUAUGACUUGCCAUAAUACUUGGAAAUUACAAAGGAAAAAGUCUUAAUCAUUGUAUUUAUUUUAGGAUUUGCUGUCCUUGGUGGCCAUCCCUGUUUCCUCACAACACAAGAUAUUCACCUGGGCAUUAAUGAAAGUAUCACUGACACAGCACGGUUUGUACGACACCUUGUGUGACUGUUAUUUCCUUUCUAUAUUUAGAUGGUGAAAGCUAGGGUUGCCAUAUUUCAUAUUGUUUUUAGGAAUGUCCAAAAUUGUUGAGCUUUGUUUGGGAGGGGACGACCCAAAAGUUGUUUAGCCAAAAAAACCACAAAAAACCAUGAUUGGCUUGAUCCAGAACAAAGUGUCACCUUUCACCUUGAAAGUCAGUGUGGUGUAGUGGUUAAGAGCGGUAGUCUCGUAAUCCGGGGAACCGGGUUCGCAUCUCCACUCCUCCACAUAGCUGGGUGACCUUGGGCUAGUCACACUUCUCUGAAGUCUCUCAGCCCCACUCACCUCACAGAGUGUUUGUUGUGGGGGAGGAAGGGAAAGGAGAAUGUUAGCCGCUUUGAGACUCCUGAAGGGGAGUGAAAGGCGGGAUAUCAAAUCCAAACUCUUCUUCUUCUUCUUCUUCUGCUUCGUCUUCAGAAAUUCCCCCUGGAUGUCAAUUCUGCCUUUAAAAUCCUGGUAAUGUCCAGGAUUGCAGCCUUACAAAAGCACUAAAAUUGCUUGAAUUCAGCAACUUUCAAAACUUAGGCUGCAUGAAGAUUUUACUAUGCAUCCUAUGUAUUUACACCCUGCUCUUCAGCCAGAGAGGUUCCCAGAGUGGCUUUUAGAUCAAUAAAAGCAACACAACCUUUCCCCUCAGGUUUAGGUUAAAAAGAUAAAGACACAAAAGGAAGAGGGAGGAGAAAACAGGUGAACUCGGGCACCAAAUUAUUGAUGUUGUAUUCUUAUAAAGGCCUUUUCAGAUGGAAACAGAAUCCUUGCAAUUCAAAAACAGGCCUUGGUGGUCCAUCCUUCCUAGAAAGAGGUAUAAGAAGUUGAAGUUGCAGGAUGGGGUCUUGGCCUUGCCAGGCUAGCUGGAAUUCGCCAUUUUCUUGUCAUUUGUACUGUGGCAUGCAGGCUUCUUGGGGCCUCUCACCCUCAGAGCAGACAAUCCUGGUAAACACAGUUUGGGUUGUGAGUCUAUGGUGAAAGUACUCACUGUGUUUUGUUUGUACACAGAAUCUUCUCAGAAGGUUCCUCAGAAUGAAAUCAGGAGAAAAACUAGUUCUGUAGUUUAUAGUAUAAACUGUCCAUGCCCAAGUACUGCUUGGCUGGAAACAAGAAAAUCACAAACUUUAUUUACAUUAAACAGUUCAUUGAUAUUUCUGUCUUCUAAUUCUGUCUCUCUCUCUCUCUUUUCACUGCCUUAUUUUUUAAAAAAAUAUUUUCAGUGGUUAGCAGUCUACAUCUGUAUUUAACCAUGUUGUGCAAGCACUUAAAAUUAUUCAGGUGGAUUAACCAUUAUUAAAGUACUAAUUGUCUAUGAAAAAUUGAGUGGGCUUUACAUUUAUUUUGCUUUCUAAAGGGUGUUGUCAACCAUGACAGACGCAAUCCUGGCACGAGUGUAUAAACACGUCGAUCUGGAGGUGCUGGCACAACAGGCCACAAUCCCAGUGAUAAAUGGACUGUCUGAUUCUGACCAUCCCCUCCAGAUUUUAGCUGAUUACCUUACACUCCAGGUAAUACUCUCCUGUUCCCUGCUUAACUGCAAAGCUUUUAGCCACCUCAGCUACUCUAAAAGUUCAGACCUAAAUCCUAAAUAGUUGAGAUGUGGAAGACUGCAAAAAUAUAAAGGUCUGGCACUGUGAGUGUGAGUUGUAAGCUGUUCAAUUCUUUCUUCAUUGGAUGGACUUGGGCAGGCUGCUGUUUCCAGGCUCAAUCACCCCCAACUGUAGUAUGAGGUUAUUAAUACUGAGCCACCUUACACGACUGUGGUGAGGAAUAUUUAUCCUGCUUUUAAAUGCACUGCAUAAAUGCUAAGUAUAUUAAAUUAUUUUCCUUAGGACCUUGUUAGUGUCUGUCCACUCAUCCAGCUGUUUAGAAAUCAGGCAUCCUGGUCCCUAUCCAAUGUCCCUCUACCUCUAAUAUUGUCUGUGUGUCAAGCAAGGAUUAAGCAAAUGCCAAGGGUUUUGGUAGUAAAACCAGUUCAAGUAGCAACUUGCAUCUUCAAGCCAUCUGUCAUUUGGCCCACAGUUUCUGAACUUCAUGAAAUUCCUGCAUCAGUGUUCCUGGUGCAACUCCAGGGGAGCAACACAGUCGUCCAUGAUAUGGUUCAGAUCCAGUUCGGGGGAGCUAGCUAUUAAAUCUUUUAUGACAGUGGUCUUUGAAAAUUCUCUCUGAAGUGAUACAUAGGGGUGGAGGAAAGCUCUAACCCCCUAGAGGUUAUUGGACCACAACUCCCAUGACCCCAGACAAAUGGCCAUGCUGGCUGGGGCUGAUGGGAGUUGGAGUCUGACAACAUCUGGAAGGCCACACAUUCCCCCAGUCGUGGUUUACAUGGGCCUGAACUUCUAAAUUGCAGUCAUUCUGUAAAGCACCUAACUAAAUGUGCUCAGAUUUCUAGGGCAUCUUUCCUUCACACUGAUGUUCGCAUAAAUAGUGACAUUUUAACCUCACCAAUUCAACCUUUUUGACUGUGAACAACUCUGCAUCUUAGGUGGCAAUUUGUGUUUGAUAUUGGUACCUCCCUCACUUUGGUGUUUUGUGUACAAUUGUGUAAAGUGUAAACGACACAUAAGCAGCCUUCCAUUAAACCUGAUGUGGGCAACAUGGUGUCCUCCUCAUGUUAUUGGACUGCAGUUCCAUCAACCCUGAGCAGGGCCAUGCCGGCUGAGGUUGGUGGGAUUUUGAUGUAGUACGUUGGCUACUUUUGUUCCAAAUAAUUCAUUCAUGUACAUGUACCUGGGUAUCCAGGACACAGGUGUUUAAGGAUACAACCUGUCUUUGCUGUGGGAAACACCAGCAUACUUAUGGCAAAAAGAUUAGCUGUACAAAGUGUGGCAUCUCUUCUUUUGGCUAGAUGAAUCACACAAGUUAAGCUCUGAGUGGGUGUUUUUUGAUUGCACAUGGAGGAAUCUGAAAAGUAUUCAUGCAGGAGGCUUAAAAUGCUGUGGGAACCGUGCUGGGUGCAAAAAUGGCUCUUUCCAUAAAUUCACAUUUGGUGAUGACUUGUUUCUAUUAAAAGUAUCAUUCAAGGUGGGAAGAAUUACCCAGUUAUAGAAGAGCAGGGUCUCUGGAUACUCCAUGAAGGUGGCGUCCCGCCAGGCUUUGUGAGCUGCUGUAGAAAGAUGCAACACCUCAAAUCAGGUCCUAACAUAAAGAGAAAUGUUGGCUGCAUUAGAAUGCAGGGUGAAUAAAUCAUUUCCAGCUGUUCAUUUUGUCUGAUAACCUUUGGAAGGCAUUUCAUCACCAAGAAUUGACAGCUUUUCAGUAAUUGCAAGUGACUCAUGGUUCUUAUGUAAUAGUUCGCUGCCUGCUAGCUGUACUAGCUUUUAGCAUCCUGCCAGUUCCCUUCUAGGCUACCUGUUUAGAGAGAACAGUGUUAUUAUCCACAUUUCUCUCUCUCUGUCUUGGCUUCUGUGGUUCAGGAGAUCGAGCAUGACAGAUGGUUCUAAUACUUGACUCUUGUCAUCUGAUGAACUAUGCCGACUAUCUCUACAGAGAUUAGAGAUAUUAAUAAAGAAUAAAUAUCUGAUUGUUUGGAUAGCAAGUUAUUAUUGGCUUUGGUUACGGCUAUUCUACCCCACGUUUCAUCAUCAUAAGUAACAAUGACAUUUAAAUCUGUGCCAAAAAAAGUCAUAUUAUGCAAAUUAAAACAAAUAUUCAUGAAUUGAUUUAUUUUGUAUAGUCUUUCCUGCUUCUAAUAGUCAUAAGCAAGACAAGGAAUUAUUAGCAACAUGGAAGACCAACCCUUAAUUGUUGGAAGUCUGCUCAGGCUUCAUUGGUUUUUUUGAGGUAUCACUUUCACAUUAUCUACAUGUUUAUAAGAAGAACGCAAGAUGCAUGCUUUCUAAAAUAAUGAAUGAAUGAAAGUUACCCACAUUGUGGCAAAUUCUCCAUCUAAUAUAAAUGCAGUGCUAGAGUUCUGUGAUCACAAGCAUGUGAAAUACACAGAUAGCUAUAUAUUUCCCUGUCAUUCAUACUUAUGUGCUAGAGAAGCAUAUGCUCUUGUAUGGAACAAGUAUAACAAAUGGCUCAUAGAAAAUAAGGCAGGAUAUUGUCCAUUAGUGUAUAGGCACUUAAGCAAUUUGCUUAACCUUGGCUGGGAUAAUAAUAGUGUAUUGAUUGACAGAAUAAUGUUAAUAUCCUGUAAUGUUUAUGACAAAGAAAGAAUAUGGGCAAUGGCAAUUUGUUCAAAGGCAACAUCCUUGUUGCCAGAUCCCAGACUACACGGUAUGAUAAAAGUUGCACUUCAAAACUGACAAGCACUGUAAAUAACUGUGGCUUUGUUUUGUUUUGUUUUUGGUAGGAACACUAUGGAUCUUUGAAUGGAUUGACCCUAAGUUGGAUAGGUGAUGGAAAUAAUGUCCUAAACUCCAUUAUGCUUAGUGCUGCUAGAUUUGGGAUGAAUCUGCAUGUUGCUACUCCAAAGGUAAGAAAAUCUUAGUUGGGGAGAGAGGGAGUCAAAUGUUCUAAGGCAAAGAACAUGGACUGAACCUCCCAUCAUCCCUGACCAUUGCCCAUGCUGAUUGGGCUGAUGGGAAUUGGAGCCCAACAACAUCUGUGAUUUAGUGAUUGCUGUUCUAAAGCUGAAAUACUGUUUUUCCAUAGUUUUCACAUUUUGUUUAAAGCAGCAUGGUUUCAGGGUAGCAUGUGGCUCUGAACAGGGCCAAUAAAGUUGGUUGUCAGCUUUGAAAAAGAAAAGCAUUUGUGAUUUUAUUAGAGAGUUUAACCUCACAAAAUCUAUAUACAAGAGUGCAAAGGCAAACUGACUUUGCUUUGGAAGCUAAUUUUAAAAAAUCUAAAUACAUGUCCAUUGAUAAGUUUAAUGGUAUAAAACUGUUAACAAAACUAGCCCAUUAUCACUCUGAAGGAAAAUGCUUAGCUACAAGGAAAUGGCCUCAUGAUUCAGAGUUCAGGAAUGGGAGGGUUAAAGAUUAGACUGAAGACAGAAGCCGAAGUCGCCAUUUCACUCGAAGAACAAUGAGCUAGUCCCCAUGAAUUAGAUUCGGAAGAUCCAGCCCCAGAAGAGGCAGAGUUUAAUCUCACAAACAGUCCCUGAACUUUUAAAAAAAAAUCUGUGCUCAGUGUAAUAGGUUACUUUACUAAGACCAGGACAAAAUUGAGUAAUCCGGACUGCUAGCUGGGCACAGUAGAUUAAGUAAUUUGGGUGGUUAGGAGAUCUGACAGAUCUUUUGAUUCUUGGUCUUCUUGAAGAGCCUCUGUGCUGGCUGACAUUUACCAAGCGCUUCCCCACAUUAAUACUCUCCAGAUGUUGGAAUCCAUCAACCCCAGCAGCAUGGCCAAUGGUCAGAGAUAGUCCAUCAACAAAUGAAGGAUGCUGUCAGGAACCAGGCAGAGGAGGAAUGGUGGAGACUACCUCCCCAUCCUGACCCUUCCAGGGAGGAGGAAGCCGAAGAUAGUAUGGAUUUACAACAGUGGUUUGAGGGAGGUCACAGCUCAGAGGCAGAUGAGGAGAAAAGUUGGGAAAUAAUGGGAGAGGAGGAGGCAGGACUGAAACGGCAGCUGACUGACACGUUAUCUUUAGAAAGCAUUCCAGAGCCCCCAUCUCCAAGAACCCGGUGAGCCUUAAAAGUAGGAGAGCAAAGAGCUCAAAGGCAGAGGGCAUGUAGCAGCAUCCAUAGAAGUGACAAAUGAGGAAGUGGGAGAGACAGGGGGUGGAGAUUCACUCGGGACAAUGCCGUUAUCCAAGAGGCUGGGUUCUAUAGCCUCUCUCUGUAAUAUUGAAAUAAAAAAGGAUGGUAAGAAACUUUUCUUUGUCCUUAUGCUUUAUGUUUGUGUGGUGGAGUGACAGCAAGGUUGGGAGCAGGUAGUGACACUGGUGGGACCUCUGCUGCAAUUCAGUUCUCCUGACAGUGCACCCUCCCAUCCAUCUCGCCCCUAUUCCAUCCAGGUGAACAGCAGUGAUGCUGGUGUCAGGAGGGCAGCUCCACCCUACCAUAUGUGGUGUUGCUGCUUUAUAGGGAAUUGGCAUCGACCCAAUACCCACACACACAUUUGCUGGUAUCAUAUCUCAUUUUGGCUCCAAUGUGGUUCUAUUUCACUUCCGGGGGGCGGCGCGAACGGUAAUGGCGGUCUUCUCCCGAUCGGAGAAGAAGCUCCGCUGAAACCGGGUCGUCCGCUACGGCGAAGCGGAGACCCAAGGAGAAAAACCCCAGGCAGCAAGAGCCUGGGGUCCUGAGGCUCGGCGGGCGCCAAGAGCAGCCCUCCAACUGCAGAAGGAGCCUCGUAAGAGGCUCCGGAGCGUGGAGGGGGGCUGCGGCGCUGUGAGCCGUUUCACAGUCAGCGGAGUGAAGCCGCGCUGCUGCUGCCGGUGAGCGCUGAACCCUUUUCCUGCUAAAAUUCGGAUCUGGCAGAAAACAACUUACUCGUGAGUAAAGACUGAAUCACUUGGAAUUACAAAUUUUAAAUGAGAAGGUUUAAAUUGACUUGAAUUUGGCUGAAAGCGGAGAGACGUGGAAACAGGAAGUCCGUCUUCCGCUGCCAUUGAACUUGGAAAAAAAAAGCAACUAAAGUGGAGGAGUGGAGGCUGAAAGAAAGAGAUUUUAAACUCUACACAGCCAAGCAUCUAUGGAACUUACAAUUUAAAGUAAAAUUAGCAAGUUAAAGAUUUGGACCUUUUAUUUGAACUUGACUUUCCCCGUUUUAUUUGAUUACAAAUUGGAAGGUGAAACCCAGAGUCAGGAUUGCUUGAGCACUGUAACAGUGGGCUGUCAGUGUUUGACUUGGAUACUGUAUAUUAGAAGUUGCAACAAUCUGAGGGUAUUGAGACCUUUUAAAUUUGAAACAUUCUUUGGAGACAAAUAAGCACUGUCUGCAACAAAGUGAUUACUUUUAAACUCUGCUUAAUACUUAUAUUGGAAGGUUCUGGGACAUUAAAUUAGACUCUGAAAAGACACUUUAAGCUCCCCCUAGAGGAUUGGAUUAAAACAGUGACUUUAUAAAAACAUUUACUUUCGAUUCUCUUGCUGUCUGCUUGCUCUGGGCCUCUCUAUUCCUGUGGGAAAAACUCAGUGUGACCUUGACUGAUAGAUAACAUUGGAAUGAGUGGUACAAGAAGAAGAGGAAGAGUUAGACAAACAACUCUAACAAAUCUAACCUCAACCUCGCAGACACGUAGAUCAUCUGUGCCUACUUUGCCCUCAGAAGUACAACUUGAAGAAGCUGCCUUGUCACAGGCAAAAGAGGGAGAGGGUGAAGUAGAGCAGUUACAAUUGGAAGAUAUGGCCUCAGGAGCAUCUGUUUCUGUGCUAGAAAAAUCUUUGAAAAAUUGGAAGCUUUGGACAAGAAAGUAGAUGCGCAAUCAGCAAAGAUUGAUAAAAAUACAGAUUGUCUAAACAAAUUAACUACACAGGUGGGACAGAAUACACAAGCAAUUGGACAGUUGACGGAGGCCUCAGUAGAAAACCGAAAAUUGGCUGAGGAUACCAGACAAAAAUUGGAAAAUUUAGAGCAAGAGGUAAGACCACUCACUAAACAAGUUGGGGAACAUCAGACUUAUCUUUCUAUGAUAGAACUGCGAAAUCGUGAGAAUAAUCUGAGGAUUAGAUCAUUACAAGAGGCAGAAGAAGGAAAUCUAACUGAGUUUUUGACCAAAGAACUUUCCAAGUUCUGGAAUUUGGAAGAAAAGGACUUUAAAAUUGUGUCAGCUUUCAGACUUGGAAGAUUUACAAAGAAGGAGAGGCCCAGGGAUUGUUUGAUUACAUUGAGAUCGAAGGAGGAAAGGGAUAAGAUUUUGGGCCUACAUUACGAAAAGUCACUGGAAGUUUUGGAUAGAAGAAUUGAGAUAUAUAAAGAUAUCCCAAGACAACUGUUGGACCUUAGAGCCGCCUAUUCCGAACUUGCUAAACUAUUAAGGAGCAACGCAAUUCCAUUCAGGUGGGAUUUUCCCCAAGGAUUAUCUUUUACCUUUAGAGCGAGAAAGGUUAAAAUCAGAACAUUGGAAGAGAGAGAUAAAUUUUUGGCUACACACGGAGAGGACCUACAUAAAGGAAUUGAACUACCUUCCGGGCCUGAGGCAAAGCCAGCAUCAAUACCUCCACCUCGGGAACUUGAAGAUCAAGAGAAGACACCACCCCAGGAGAAAUAACCAGAUAGAUCCAGGAUGUCUCUGCAACUGUUGAGUUGGAAUAUUAAUGGUUGCAAUAUUCCGGAGAAAAGGAAGAAAAUAUUUCAUAUAUUAAAAAAGAACAAUUGGACAUUAUUUGCUUACAAGAAACACAUGUGACGAGGCUCCACAGAAAAGUGUUAAUAAAUAAAAGAUUGGGCCAGGAAUUUAUUUCGUCGGAUAAAGUGAAGAAGAGAGGAGUGGUGAUAUAUGCAAAAGAGAGCCUGUCACCUAAAUUUCUAUUUAAAGAUGAGCAUGGAAGGAUUUUGGCUAUUGAGAUACAAUAUCAAGGAGAGAAACUGCUGAUAUUAGGAAUCUAUGCGCCUAAUGAAGGGAAAUCGGAAUUUUACAAGAAGUUGCAGGGGACAAUGCUGGAUCAUCUGGAUUACAACAACAUCAUAAUGAUGGGAGACAUGAACGGGUCGUGUCAACUAACAUGGACAAGUCGCAAAGUCAAAACAUCACAAAAGAUGGCAGACUACCUAAAACUUUUUUUGAAAUGACUGACAAUAUGGACUUGAUCGACAUUUGGAGAACAAAGAACCCACUAGGUAGAGAAGGAACAUUCUUUUCUGAAGCCCAACUGACCUGGACAAGAAUCGACCAAAUAUGGAUCUCUAGAGGCCUGGCACCUAGGGUUAGAAAAGUGGAAAUCUGCCCAAAGACCUGUUCUGACCACAACGCAGUAAAGAUGGACAUGACACUACUACCAACUGGAUCCUUUAGAUGGAAGAUGAAUGACAAUUUGUUUAGAGAUCAGGAAAUUACCAAGAAGGCCCAAAAAGUUUUGAAAGAUUAUUUUGAGAUAAAUAUGAACAAUUCGGUGGAAAAAGAAUCGUCUGGGACGCAAGCAAAGCUGUUAUGAGGGGAUUCCUGAUACAACAGAAUGUAGAAAGAAAAAAACACAAAAUGAGAAAAAGACAAGAUUUUGGAUAAAAUAAAAGAAUUAGAGAAGAAAUUAAGAGUGAAUCCAAAGUCACAGCCAACUCUGAGAGAAAUUAAACUGUAUCAAACACAGUAUUCUAAAUUGAUAAAUCAGGAAAUUGAAUGGAAGAUCAAAUUAAUGAAACAAAAACGUUUGAGUCGGCGAAUAAAUGUGGAAAACUGCUAUCCUGGCAGUUGAAGAGAAGACAAAGAUUAAACACGGUUACAAAUUUAGAGGUUGAUGGAAGAAACAUUCAGAAUCCGGUGGACAUUAGAAAGUGUUUCCAGAGAUAUUUUUAAAAAAUUAUAUACCCAAGGGCCGCAAGACGAAGUUGAGAUUAAACAAUUUUUGCCAAAAAUGGAUUAUCUAAACUGUCACAAGAAAAUAGGACAAUCCUGAACUCUAAAAUAACACGACAGGAGAUUGAACAAGCUAUUCAGAACAUGCAACUUGGCAAAUCUCCAGGGCCAGACGGGCUGACCUCCAAGUAUUACAAGAUACUAAAAGACUAUUUGAUACAACCUUUGAUGGAGGUUAGCAAUGAAAUUAUGGAGGGGAAGAGGGCACCGGAUUCGUGGAAGGAAGCGUUUAUCACAUUGAUACCAAAGUCAGAAACUGAAAAGACACAACUGAAGAACUACCGUCCCAUCUCCCUUUUAAAUGUGGAUUACAAAAUAUUUGCAGAUAUUUUGGCAAGUAGAUUUAAAAAGUUUUAAAUGAAGUAAUUCAUAAGGACCAGGCCGGUUUUCUCCCAGGUAGACAUUUGUUUGCUAACACAAGGAACAUUAUUGAUAUUUUGGAACUUCUCCAAACUGACAUAAAUACAAAAGCUGUUUUAAUUUUUAUAGAUGCGGAGAAGGCCUUUGAUAACAUUUCUUGGAAAUUUAUGAUGGGAAACUUAAAAGAGAUGGGAGUGGGACGGGGUUUUGAGAAUGGGAUUGAGGCGAUAUAUUCAGAACAGAAAGCAAAACUGAUAGUUAAUAAUGUGGUUACAGAAGAGUUCAAAAUUGAAAAAGGGACACGACAAGGUUGCCCUAUUUCCCCUUUGUUAUUUAUUUCGGUCCUGGAAGUGCUAUUGAACAUGAUUAGAGGGGACCAGCUGGUGGAAGGAAUUCAGGUUGGUCAGAAACAAUAUAAAUUAAAAGCUUUUGCAGAUGACCUGGUUUUGACCUUGCAGAAGCCAGAGCCUAGUACGAAAAGAGUAUUACAAUUGAUUAAUGAUUUUGGUCGGGUGGCGGGAUUUAAAUUAAACAAACAGAAAACUAAGGUUUUGGGGAAAAAUCUGACUGAGACAGAGUCAGAACGGUUUCAGAAUGAGACGGAACUUAAUGUGGUUAAAAAGUAAAAUACCUAGGGGUAAACAUAACAGCAAAAAUCUAAGUCUAUUUAAGGAUAAUUAUGAAAAAUGUUGGAUAGAAAUUAAGAGAGACUUAGACAGUUGGUCAAAAUUGAAACUUUCUUUGUUAGGCCGAAUUGCUGCGAUUAAGAUGAAUGUAUUGCCAAGAAUGUUGUUUUUAUUUCAAACACUGCAGGUAUUGGACAAAAUGGAGUGCUUUCAGAAGUGGCAGAGAGACAUUUCGAAGUUUGUCUGGCAGGGCAAAAAGCCCAGAAUUAAGUUUAAGAUAUUAACCGAUGCUAAACAAAGAGGGGCUUUGCCCUGCCAGACUUAAAGUUGUACUAUGAAGCCGCAGCGUUCUGCUGGCUAAAAGACUGGCUACUUCUUGAAGACACUGAUGUGUUAGAUUUGGAGGGGUUUAACAAUGUUUUUGGAUGGCAUGCAUAUUUAUGGUAUGACAAAGUUAAAGCAAAUAAGGCCUUUAAGAACCAUAUUGUUAGAAAAUCACUGUUUAAUGUCUGGACAAAAUAUAAAGACUUGCUGGAAAAUAAAACACCAAGGUGAAAAGACCCAAUAUGGAGGCCAAAUGGCCAAAAUAUUGGGAAAUACUAGAAAAAGAUGGAGACAAUUGGAAAUUGCAGAGCUUGGAGAAAAUGAAAGACAAAGUGCGAGAUUGGUUACACUAUGCUCAGAUUAAAGAAGUUUUUAAAAGUGAUAAGAAACUAGGGUUCCAGGUGGAGAAAUCGAAAUUAGAAACAGAAUUGUUAGAACCAAAGACUAAGAUACUUUCAAGGAUGUAUAACUUGCUGUUGGAAUGGAAUACACAGGAUGAAAUGGUUAAAUCGGCCAUGAUAAGGUGGGCACAGGAUAUUGGGUAUAAUAUUAUGUUUGAGGACUGGGAAAGGCUGUGGAGUAAUGGAUUGAAAUUUACUGCAUGUAAUGCUUUGAAAGAAAAUGUAAUGAAAAUGAUUUAUAGAUGGUAUAUGACCCCAGUCAAACUUGCAAAAAUUUACCACCUGUCUGACAACAAGUGCUGGAAAUGCAAAGAGUGUGAAGGAACGUUCUUUCACCUCUGGUGGACAUGCCCUAAAGUGAAGGCGUUCUGGGAAAUGAUUUAUAAUGAAUUGAAAAAGGUAUUUAAAUAUACUUUCACUAAGAAACCAGAGGCUUUCCUUUUGGGUAUUGUCAGCCAAGGGGUGGCAAAGAAGGACCAGACAUUUUUAUGUAUGCAACAACAGCAGCAAGGAUACUACUCGCAAAACAUUGGAAAACCCAAGAUCUACCCACACUGGAAGAAUGGCAGAUGCAACUGAUAGACUAUAUGCAACUGGCUGAAAUGACCGGCAGAAUCCGUGACCUGGGAGAAGAGAGAAUCGAGGAGGAUUGGAAGAAAUUUAAGAACUACCUACAAAAACAUUGUGAUUUGAUUGAAUGCUGAAUAAGAUGCUGGACUAAAUAACUGAGCACCACUUAACUUAGAAAUUUUUAAGGAAACAAGAAAAAUUGUGAAAGUUUAACUCUUUAUGAGAACUUUAAGAUUAUGAAAUAUCGAAGAGAUAUAAGAAUUUAAAUAAGAUGAUAAAUUGCUGACAAAAUGUUAUAAUGAUGAAGGUGGGAGCGGGAGAUGUGAGGAAGUCCAAAGAAAAUGUGAAAUUAUGUUAAGACGAAUGCUAUAUUGUUUAUUACAUUUAUUCCUAUUGUAAAACCCAAUAAAUUGCUUUAAAAAAAACAAAAACAAUGUGGUUCUAUUUAUGCAAUUACCAUCUAGAAGCUUUUUAAAGUCCAGGAGCCAGUUUUCCAUAGCUUGGAAAUCUAAUCCAGAAACUCUCCAACCAACUCUAGGCAUGCUGCCAGUUCAGGUAUUGUGAAUGAUAUAGUUAAGAGUACCCAGGCUACUGUCUAUUUCUAGAAAGACUGGGAAUGUGUUUAAUGUUCUCUGUUUGUAGCAAGAAUGGAAUACAUUGUAACACUGUAAUCUAUUUUGACAGGGUUUUGAGCCAGAUCCCAUGGUCAUCAAAAUAGCGGAACAGGAGUCCGUAAAGGUACGAGGAUGUGACUGUAAAAUGUUUUUUUUCUACUGUGCUCCACGUGAACUUAGUGCAUUUCCUCUGAUUUAUUCAUGUUAGCACCGCACCAAGUUGUUUCUCACCAGUGUCCCUACUGAAGCUGCCAAAGGAGCCAACGUUUUGAUCACAGACACAUGGAUAAGCAUGGGGCAAGAGGCAGAAAAAGAAGAGAGACUGAGGGCUUUCCAAGGUUAUCAGAUCACAAUGAAGGUAAAAUGCAAAGAUUUCCCACCAAAUUUCUAAGGUUUUGUAGAUUCCAGAAGAAAACUUUAAAAACAUUUUAGGCCUCAUAUAUGUUUGCAUUACCUAACACUGGAGAUUUGUGGUACAUGUUUGUUGAAAUAUUUAGAGUACAUAUUUUCGAUUAUUAUAACAAUGACUACAGCUAUUCUGAAGCAACUGUUAACCUUAAUAGAGUGCCACAAGAAUAUCAGGCUGAACGCUGCAUAAGGAACUUCCCUACCUUCCUGAAAUAGUGACCUGAGAGAUGAAGUAAACAUAACCAGUAUAUUUGUGUGUGUGUAUUUAUAUAUAAAUAUUAGAACCAAAAACAGGAGGCCCUGAUCCUAGUUAAGACCACAACAUGCGGGAAAGGGGGCCUUGACUCUUCUGCUCUCUACUAUGACUGUGAAAAAAAUAAAUCACACAACCCUGUGUGGCAAAUAGCAACAUUCUACAAAAAGCACCUUCCCAGUAGCCCAUAGUUUUUAUUCUACUGUUGGUACUUACUGUAGGGGGUUCAACUUUUUCAGGAUUGCAGCAUGAAAUACAAGGGUGAAGUCUCCCCUCCCCAAAUCUCACACCUUCUCUGUGCUUGGUUUUAAUCUUGUUUUUGGUUCAAGUAAUACUAAUGUGUGGUUAGGCCCUGGGAAAUGUAGAAGUCACAUCUCUGUAUCUGGAUGCUAUAGUGCAGGGGUAGGCAACCUAAGGCCCGUGGGCUGGAUGCAGCCCAAUCGCCUUCUCAAUCCUGCCCGUGGAUAGUCCGGGAAUCAGCGUGUUUUUACAUGAGUAGAAUACGUCCUUUUAUUUAAAAUGCAUCUCUGGGUUAUUUGUGGGGCAUAGAAAUUCGUUCAUCCCCCCCCCCAAUAUAGUCCAGCCCACCACAUGGUCUGAGGGAUGGUGGACCAGCCCACGGCUGAAAAAGGUUGCUGACCCCAGCUAUAGUGCCUGCAUGGAUGAAUGCACAUAAAUUGCUCACUGGAGAUAACAGUGGAUGAGCAACAGUCAGGGAACAGAAUGGAUAUAUUUCUUCAGGAUCAAUGCACUCACAUACUUAAGCAGUACUCCAUAAGCAAUUGGUACUCCAUAUUUAUUGUGAGCUAUCUAUUGCGCACACCAUUAGUUCAGUGCUACAUUGAUUACAAUGUGCACAGAUCAGCUUCUAAGAAGCAGGGGCAUUGUUAGGGAGGGGCCUGUGUGUGUGUUUUAUUUUAUACAUAUAAAUUAGGAUGUGCAAUUCGUUUUAUGUGGCUGUGGUCUCAUUGCUUUAACUACCCAUCAUUGCUCCAGAAGGAUGUUUCCUUCUUGAGCCCACUGAAUUUCUCUUCUUCCGAUAUCCUCUAAAUUAAGAACGGUUUGAUUCUGCUGUUCAGGGAAAUAUACUGCUCAGGAAUAAGACCCUAUCAGGGGAAUUUCUCCAUCUCUUUUAUCAGAGAGCAAUAAAUAAAUGGAUGAAUAAUGGAUGGAAUCGUCCAGAGGGAGGCAUGGGCUUAUACUAUGAUAGGGACAAAAGUAAUGUGGUGAAGAAAAUCCAGCAUUUUGAAUAGAGGUGGGAGCCAAUUAAAAAUAAUAAUAAUAUGAAGUCAUUAUUACUUCUCUCUUACCUCAUCCCAUUCUACUUUUGAUGUGUGUAGUCCCUCCCAGUUUAUUGGGCUUUUAGUACAGGUUUGGGGGUUUUUGUACUGAGGUGAGAUUUGUUAUCUUAGGUGAUUUGCAGUGAUACUGUUUCUCUCUAAAAUCCCUUUGUUACUUAAGUAUAUUUAGUAAGAGGUUAAAGCUUUAAAGUAAUUUUCUGACUGUGUUGUGCUAAUGUUUCUUUAAAAAAAAAGACCAGGCAGCAUGGGAGGGUCACAUUUAUAUAAAAAUAUGAAAUACAAAAAGGUAUGUGGCUGAAAUAUUUCUUAUAUAGCAACUUUAAAAUAGAAAAUGUAAUCUAAUAAAAUAUUUAAAAUGGUUACAUGAAAAUCCAUUCUCGUUAUUAAUAUCUGUACACUAAACUGCCAUAUUUCAACCCUAUUUCCCAGAAUGGUAGUGUUCAAAAUUGCUCAUAGUGCUAUGAAGUUUUGUUCAGGUAUUAGAUUAAUAUAUAAUGAGUUAUUGAUAUAAAGGAAUACAUUUGGACUUUUAAGGCAUGCUUUAGAUUGUGGUUUUUUUAAGGCAUGAUUUAAUAGGCAAUUAUUACCCUUACAAAAACAUUAUAGCAGCAUGCAUAGCAGCAGUGCAAAAUGUACCAGUGAUCCACUGUAAUUUUUUUUUCUGAAGCCAAAGAUGAACCUCUUGAUUACACUGUGAUGUAUUUUGAGCGACUCCAACUGACAAGCCUACCAUUGAUUGAAUGAGUUAUAGGUCCCAGCUGCUGGCUCUUAAGGGAAGUGCUGAUCAACCAGUUGCUCAACUGAGAGGUGGCAGAGAGAGGAAUAGGCAGCAGAAAGGAAGUGAGGUGAAUGGAAUGCUAGAUGCACAUUCAGGGCACCAGAAUCAGGACCACUCUGGCAGCUCUGCUGAAGAGAGCCACAUUCUUAUGGCACACACAUUUUGUGCUUAAAUCAAAGGCUGAUUUACCAUUCCGUGGGUCAUCCAUUAGUUUUACACAACAGCACUGGACUCUUGGAAACAGAAUAUACUCUUGACGUAGGUUGCCUUUUUAAGCAACAUAUUUUGUUUUCAAUGCCUGCCACAAUUUAUCUGAAAAUGCACAAUGUGGAUGGCAGAGAGUAAUACAAAAUGGAUUAUGUAACUCGAAGUAGAUUGGAAAAAAAUAGUUAUAAUUGUGGCAAGAUGUAUGAAGUGGGUUUCAAUUGCUGGUAAAGGACCUCAAUAAAGUCAAGUUUAUAUUAUUGAAAAUUUUAAGGGUAGCUUUGCAUGCUUUUCACAUGUGAUUUUCCUAAUUGCUCUGCAUGUACACAGGUACAUGUGUAGGGUACAGGGAGCAUGCCAGGUAGUAAAACCCAUGGACUUUUACCCAAGCAAAUGCAUGUAUGUUAUGAUGUCCAUGUCCCCAAUACAUUAAGCAGGUCUGCAUGUAAUGUUAAACCGUAGCUAAAAAUAAAUUAUGACUUAACAUGAAUUAGCAGUGUGGCAGUGCACACAGCAAAUGCAGUGCUUGCUUUGCUACUCUCCUGUUGCUGCUCCUGCUUUUGUUGCUGCUGCAGCACCUUUAGUAAGUGUGGUACAGAAGUCCUGGUUCUGCACGUAUCCCUAAGUACCUUAAUUCUUAAUGAAAUGGAAGGUGUAACACAUUGCAUAUGAAAAUGCUUGUUGUAUAAAGGAUUAAGAGAAGAAUGACGCGCUCUGUCAAUUACUAAGUUACUAGUAAAUGAAACAUUUGUUCAGGCUGCGAAGUGAUGAUCCAGUAUUUAGGGUAGUAUUCAAAUAUAUUAAGAUCAGCUCUAAAUGCUCACAGAAAAUUUAAUAACUUAUGUAGAAGCAUGGCAUAUGCCACAAAACAUGCUUCAGUAUAUAUCCUUAAUAUUGGCUAAGUAAUGGAUGGCUAGACCAUGUGGGACUGCCCUAGUCAUGUAAUUCCUGUGAAAAAUUAGUGCUACUUAGUGCAUAAAUGGGUUGUGAUCGUAGAGCUGCGCCCUAGACUCAUUUAGGUCACACCUCCUCUUCUCUGAUGAAGGAGGAAGUGAAGUCUUCUUUUCCUUUUCCCUCUCUCUCCACACUGACCAAGGAAGACGUGCCUAAGCAAACUCCAAGCUUAGAGCAUGUAUUUGAAACUAUCUUUCUAUACAGUGGUACCUCGGGUUAAGUUCUUAAUUCGUUCCGGAGGUCCAUACUUAACCUGAAAUUGUUCUUAACCUGAAGCACCACUUUAAUGGGGCCUCCCGCUGCUGCCACGCCGCCGGAGCACAAUUUCUGUUCUCAUCCUGAAGCAAAGUUCUUAACCUGAAGCACUAUUUCUGGGUUAGCGGAGUCUGUAACCUUAAGCAUGUGUAACCUGAAGCGUAUGUAACCUGAGGUACCACUGUAUUUUCGACCCAAGAGUCUUCUGCCUAUAUUUUCCUUGCUGCUGCUUGGAUAAAUGCAUGAAUCUGAACUUUGGGACACUUUAUAAGUAUUUUAACUUUACUCAGCAGUGUGUGGUCUGUUCAUUGAAAAAUGGGUAGAAAGUGAGAAGCACUGUUUGCAAGCAGACUAAACAGGAUAUAAAGGUCUAAUAACCUGUAUUCCUAAUGCUAUGCAGCUGCUUGACUGUUGUGGAUUUAAAAUCUGCUACUGAGGGCUCUCUCCUGCUGGAGAGUGAGUUUAGCACCACAUUUUGAAUCUGUACAUCCAGCUGAUUCUUUUAUUAUUUACUCCAGACACAUGGGUCACAGGGAUUCAUAUUUUCCUCACACAAUUCCUUCCAAUGCCUGAUGGAUGGGGGGGGGCACGCGUGGGAAGUAAUGAUGUGAUGCUCUGUGAUCUGAUACAUUUAUAAGAUGGUAUAAAGCUGAACCACGUUUUGUUUGGUUAUUUUUUAAUAGGGUGUUGCCACAGUAAUAUAUGUAUUGGGCUUAGGAAAAAAGAAUUACAUAAACAUAUCUGGCUGUUUUCCUAGCCCACCACUAAUGAUGUACGUCAGUGUGCAUAAAUUGCAUAAGAAGGUUUAUGUAUACUCAGUGCUUCUAUUAUUUUUAAUGUUUUGUGUAAUUUUUUGGCAUUUAAAGAAAAUGAAACGUGAGUACACAGAGAAAGCAAAGGGGAUAAAUACUCCUUGGCACCUAAUCAAACUGCAAAGAGGAAAGCACACAGCUUAAAAAGAGGCGGCUCAUGGCUGACACAGCAGUGAGCAAGAGAGCAAUUACCAUAAACCGUAGAGAGAGGACAAAGAAAUCAGAAGUAGAAUACUCACCCAAUUCUUUCAGCUUGUUAGACCCUAGCAUGACCCACACAAUGCUGCCAAAAUCAGGGCUUUUGAGAAAGAGUAAUUUUAAGGGAUACAUGCAUCAUUUCAACUUUUCAACUUUGUGUGUGGUCAUCUGUUAGCAUGUUUUGGCGUUCAGUUUCAAAUCUCUCUCUCUUUCUCUCCAUCUCCAUCCAUCUUUAGACUGCAAAAGUGGCUGCUGCUGAUUGGACAUUUUUACACUGCUUACCCAGAAAGCCAGAAGAAGUUGAUGAUGAAGUGUUUUAUUCUCCACAGUCGCUGGUUUUCCAAGAGGCUGAAAACAGGAAGUGGAUAGUUAUGGUAUAUGGGCACUCUGAUCCGAUAGGCGUCAAAGAUCUCAUGGCAUAA